UUCUCGGAUUUCCAUGUGUUUUGCCGGGAAUGAUGUCCGCCGUGUCCGGCUACACUUCGGGCCGGUCCAGGAGGAGCCUGGCAGAGCUGCUCGCUAACAGGCCGAAGAAUUCUGGCAGGAAAGCUGAAUCCAGCAAUAAAAGCCUGCAGGAGGCCGCCCUGCGUCUGCUGAGCUGUCGCCAGGACGUCAGUCAGUUUCUGUUAGAGGUAGAAGCUCCUCCAUGUAAGAAAGUGUGCAGCAAUGACUGCUCAGCCUCCGGUCACGUUCAGAAGUCCACCACAUUUACUGACACGUUUAUUGCAUCUGCGUUGCGAGAUCAGGCCUUACAUUUGAACGUAGCACCAAAUCUACUGGGAGCUAAAGCAGCCGCGUUGAACAUCCAGAAGAUUUGUGAUGAUGUCAUAGAUGGGGAUAAAGGAGCUGCGCUGAGUCAGGAGCAGAGGGACAGACUGACGGCUUUUCUUCAGACAUUGAAGGGACUGGUGGCCGAAAACUGUUUUAGUCGCUCAGUGUUUUUGCAGCACAUCCUGGAACAGGAGAUCCCUCAUAUACUAGAAGUUGUAUGGCACUUACAGACUGCGGACAUUGUCGGACUAGAGGAUGUAUUGGAGAGCUGCAAGGACCCCGACUCUGCGGUGGACUGGUUCUGCAGGGAGCUGCAGUCACUCUUCCUACGUAUGGAAGCUUCACCUGAUGUAGAGGUUUGGGAGCAGAUGAUAUCCAGUUUCGUAACUGUGCUAAUUGGAAAAGCUUUCUGUAAGUCGUCUGCGACCGGGAAAAAGUCUGAACGUUCCCAACUUAGCAAGAUUUCCCUCCUCAUAUUGGAUGAAAUGCAUUCAUGGUUUCUCAAUGUCAUCCCUGAAGCCCCAAAUGAUGAGUGUUACAGGCCAGGAGAGGAGCAGUACUGGUUAAUUGCCUACGAUGCUUCUAGAUACAGAGCUCGUGUCAUUCCAGAAUUACUAGAAGAUUUCUUUACCCAUACAUUGAGCCAGACCCUCAUCUUCAAGCCAAAGCUGAAAGUGUCUGAUGCCAUACGGCUGCAGGGAAGCUGGAGCUUUGUGAAAACGUGCCCGCUGCUAACGGACCUGUAUCGGAAGUUGUUUGUUUUGCUCAGCGCUGAAAAACUGACUUCCCGCAUCCAGAGGGUCUUGGAUACGCAGGAGGUUAACUGGCGGCAUGUUUUAGCCUGCGUUUCAUGCCUGGUUGUUUGCCAGCCCGACGCCCAGCUACUUGUGACAGGUCUUUUGGGCCGUCUCCUUGCACAAGCCUUUGAGACCUACGAGCUGGAGUAUUUAAUCACUGCUUUCCUCAUUGCCCGACAAGCGGCCUUGGAAGGACCUGCUGCCUUUACGUCCUACACAGAAUGGUUCAAGUGUACGUUCGGUGCUGCCAGCUCAUACCAGAACGCCACCAAGAAGUCUCUGCUUUUCCUUUUGAAAUUCCUCUCUGAUUUGGUCCCAUAUGAAACACCGCAAUACCUAAAGGUUCACAUCCUCCAUCCGCCAUUUGUGGCAGCAAAAUUCCGCCCGCUGUUGAUGGAGUACAUCAGUUUGGCUAAAACCCGGUUGUCAGACAUGAAGGUUUCCAUUGAAGACAUGGGCUUGUAUGAAAACCUUUCAGUGGGUUCCGGCAAAGAUCAGAAACAACCACAAGCCCAACAAGACGUGGAGAAGGCUGUGCAGAUCUUCGAGAAUACCGGCAAGAUCCCGUCCAGCGUCAUGGAGGCCAGCAUCUUUCGGAGGCCGUAUUUUACAUCUCGCUUCUUGCCUGCCCUGCUGACCCCCAGACUGCUCCCAGACGUUCCGGACUCCCUCAUGUCACUCAUCGAGGCGCUGAGAAGAGCUGAUAAAAUCCCACCGGCCAUGAUGACCUCUUAUCUCGAUGCCUGUGAGCUGGAGAAGCACCGGAGGCUGGAAGGAAAUGAGAAGAUGGAUGUGUCUCUGAACGAGGAGCCCGUGGCCAGGUUACAGGCAGCCCUGUGGCAGCUGAGACCCUUCGUCACAGAUCCAAAGCGAUACGAUGAGAUCUCCUCUCACAUGGCCGUGAUUUCUGACAGACUGGCGUCCGUAAUGGAGAGCCCCAGCGUGGACGCUGUUCCCACCAUGUCGCAGUCUGUGGAGGAGCUGGAGCCGCAGGAGCUGGCGGUUGCCGAUUUGCUUCUCACAUCCUUUUGCCAGUGUGUCAUGGCCGCCUCCAGCACCAAUCCCCCCGACAGACAAGGACCCUGGCCCUCCUUGUAUGUGAAGAUGCUGUGUGGUCAUCCCCGGGCCCUCCAUGCCAUGCUGAGCAGGACGCUGCAGCUCUUAUGCCAGCAGGCAGAACUCCUGAAAGAUCCGCAUGUGGUUGGACUUGCUGUUUUCUCUGUUCACCUCCACGAGUGUCGGGCGUCACUUACAACCCCAAACCUAGAAGAGAAUGCAUUAGAAAAGUUCUGGGAGCUGGUACUGAACCCCCGAUGCCUUAAUUCCGUCUCUCUAAUUCUCAGGUUUUGCACAGCAGCAGUUUCCUAUGCCUGCUGCAGGUUCCCCCUGCUCUCCCCUGGGGCUUCACUGGACUGCAUCCCCCCCUUAUUCAUGCGUAAGCUACAACAUCUCUUGCCCAGGCUGGUCCUGGAAGCCAGAGAGGAAGGGUUGAUGGAGGAGGAAAAGGAUACCCCUGCACUUUGCCGCUCAUUGCUCUUUCCUUCAUCAGGCUGGAAGGAAGUGGCGGUCGCCCUCUGGCGCCAGAGUCACUUACAGCGGCUGCUAGCAGAGGACACCUUCCAGUUAUCUUUCAGAGAUUGGCUGCUGUGGGAGAUGAACCUGGGUUUGGAUAACGAUCCUUUAUGCGACACCGAGAGGCAAGAAUACCAACGCUGGGCUUUGAAUUCCUGCUUUAUCUCUGAAUCUUCUGUAAAGGGCGGCUGUGGAAACGACCUGGAGGUUGCAUGUUCCAUAGUGGUUGAUGCUGUGCUAGAAUUUUGCUGCAGAUCUGAAUCUAGCGCAGGCAGUCGUCCGACUCGCACAGGGAUUGCUGACAUCCUAUGUCGUUUACAGGAAUUAGUCUGUGAUUUGCUCACUGAGUCAUGUAAUCGUAGACGGAUGGCUUUCAUUUUCAAAGUCUUCCAUCGAAGAUUAGAAGAAUCCUCGGACAGCAGAACGAGCGCCCGGCUCACAAGACAAAGAGAACUUGCCAUGUGUUCCAGGAUUCUGCUGGGACUCCCAUCUACGUUCCUGAUCAGCGCAUCCUCCAAGAUGGGCAACACCAGUCUAGACUGUGAGGACUUCUUCAAAUUUGUCAACCAGGAAUUGAAAAACCUUGGUCAGUGCGGGUGCGCUCUACCGUAUGACAUCACGGCUCACUUUUUUCGGGGUCUCCUGGGGGCCAGUACACAGUGUGGGGAUCCGAGAGGGGCUGUGAACGCCAUACUCUGCGCAGCUCAUUCCCAAUGUCCCAUCAUCCUGACCUCUGCUGCGCUUUGGUGGCCAAAGCUGGGUCCGGCCAUCGAUGGUCAGUGGAGCUGUCUACUCGGAGGGAACCUGCCCAAAGAGAUUGAGACCCUGAGGGAAAUUCAGAGCGACGUGGACAGAGGCCUCACACGUGACACUUCUCUGCCCCUGACUCACACCACGUGGCUCUCGGCUGCCGUCCUGCAUUUCACCAUCAGGAAAAAAAUGGGACAUGAGGGCGUUUUACAAGUACUGGGCAGGAAUGCUGUGCAGAUGUUGGAUUUUUUGCUGUUUUUCUCCGUUAUGGAUCUCAUCUCUGCGAUACUGAAGGGAGGAGAAAGACCCAAAAAAGUGCUUGACCGUUGUCUGUAUAUUAUCGAUUGUCUGGAAGAAAGAGGCGGCAGCUGGGUGACGGCCUUCCAGCCCACAAAGGAAAAGCAUAUGACGGUUCUUCAUCAGGCGGCCUCUGCCGAGUUCUGUAACCUGCUCCCGCUGGCUUUCUUCAGUUUGGCUGCUCGUCUUCCACUGGCGAGGGCAGAGGUGCAGCAGGACUUUGUGUGUUUUGCCCUCGGAGAUGUAUGACGGAUUUGGCAAGCUCUUUCUUGAUGGAAAUCCUCUCCUGGAUCAGAUGGACACCAAUGAGGUUUUCAGCAAUGGCCACCAGUUCCUGCUAAACUGUAUACGGAAGUGCCCACCGCCCAGUGGAGUAUUCAGAUUCCGCCUUCCUCAG